CGGCGGGAAGGCGGCAGUUGGGGCCGCUCAGUUGGCGGAGGCUCCCAGCGCAAGGCUCCAGAUGGAAGCGGCGCCAGAUCCCGGGCCGGGGCUCUGCUGCAAGCCUGGCGGGCGGCUGGACAUGAGCCACGGCUUUGUGCACCACAUCCGACGGAACCAGCUCGCCCGGGACGACUAUGACAAGAAGGUGAAGCAGGCGGCCAAGGAGAAGGCGAGGAGGCGGCACACGCCCGCGCCGACGCGGCCCCGCAAGCCCGACCUGCAGGUGUACCUGCCGCGACACCGAGAUGGCUCGACCCACCUAAGCAACCCAGACUGUGGGGAGUCCAGUGAAAGCAGCAGUAGUGGCAGCUCCGAGCCAGAACCUUCUGGCCAUCAGCUCUUCUGUUUAGAAUAUGAGGCAGACAGCGGAGAGGUCACCUCAGUUAUCGUGUAUCAGGACGAUGAUCCAGGAAGGGUGAUUGAGGAGGUGUCCGCACACACGCCUCUGGAUCCACCAAUGCGAGAGGCCCUCAAGUUGCGCGUCCAGGAGGAGAUCACAAAGCGCCAGAGCCGACACUGACCAGGCUGAAGGCAUUCUCACCAGGCUGGAUGCACUGCCCAGGGAUUGGGGGUGUCAGGACCAGUCUGAGCUGAUCUUCACACACACACACACACACACACCCCUACACACCAAGCUCAACAUCCAUAGGAACUGCGUGUUACAGGGACAAACCUGCUUUGCAGGCCAUUCUUUCUUGUAUGUUGGCCCAUUUGACCAGCUUAGUAUUCUGGAAUUUGAGAAUUUUGUUUGGCUAACUUGGUGUUCUAGAAGCAGAGAUUCCAGGGAGAGCUGAGGUUUUUGAAACCUUGUGCCAGCAUGCUGCUUUCUUACUGAGGUCAUAUGCCGUGGGACACCUACCUGCUGCUGUUCCAUCCAACUUAAUGAACCGUGUUUGUAGUUUUACAGUUCCUUUUUUCCUUGCUUCUGCUCACUUCCAUCCAUGUUUUCCUAGACCUUUUUUUCAGCUGUUUCUUUGUUCUUUCCAUUCUCUCAUCUUUGUCUCAGAACCCGUCAGUUCCAUCCCACCUCCCAAGGUGACUGUGGACCUCCCAACUGCUCAGGACUUUGGAGGUGGGGAGUUCUGGGGGGUUUACCUUUCUGACAAGCUCUCCCAGUAAUUCUGAUACCAGUAACAUGGGAGAUUUUCAUUUUUGAGACUGUCUUGCAAGCAUGUCUCCCUGUCCUUCCAUGGCUUUUGCAAGUUUCUCUCACAUUGCUCUGCUUUGCACUGUCUAGAUAAAGAGACCUAGGAAGAUGAUACCAGAACUCAACUGUAAGGAUUUCUUGCAGCAAAACCUCCCUUGGUUAGGGCUACAGGAUUCCAGUUUUCAACCUCAUUCCUAGCUCUGAACAGACCAUCCUUUGCUCAGGUUAAAGGGGAAUUAUCAAAACAAGCUUGAAACUGACUCUCCAAAUGUGAUUUAACAGUCUCAAAUGUACAUACAAAGGGAAAUUCAACGUGAGCAAUAAUUGCCUAUUUGGAGCCCUAUUUGGGGGAAAAAAAAAAAGAAAGAAAAAGGCCCAUAUAAUGGGCUGUGAAAUGAGCCUCUCUCAUCUGCCCUGCCCCUGCCCCAUUCUUUCUCCUUUCCUAUCUCCCAAGAGUAUAUAGAUCCUAGGAAUAUCACUGUCUUCAACUCAGUGACCUGUUUCCCUGAUGCAGGGCCAGCUAAGGUCUGAGACAUCCACAAGACAUCCUAUGCAACGCAGUUUCAACCCCCUGCAGAUUUCCAACAAUUGACCUAAUCUCAGUGACUUUGGGGUUUAAAUGAGCCCAUGAACACUAAGACUUCUUGAAACCAAAGUCCCUCUGCCCCAGGGGUUUUUCUACAUCAGGGUCUCAAGAUCAGUCUGACUGUUCCAUCUCAGCGACUUUUCUCUUAAAGGACACCUGAGGGCACUGUUGGUUUGUGCCUACACCCCUGAAAAUCUACCACCUCAGAAAUGGGGCAAGGCAGCUACUUCAACUACAUCAUUAGAAUCCAUUAAGCCACAGCUUGCAGUGCCAGGAAUUCUGGGAAAGUGAGUGAGGUAGAUAAGUGAGAUGGGCCUGAUGGUGAAGGGAGCCAGGGACCAGAGUGUUCCUGACCCACAGAGCUGGCCCAAGGUUAAAUGCCUUAAAUUUGCCAGUCCCGGGCUCAUUUCUACUUUCAGAAGAGAAAGUGUGCCCUCCACUUACUCAGCCAGGCUAGAAGUGCCUUUUGACUUACAAUGUUAACUACCCUCCAGAGUCUCCAGGUCAAGGAGGCUGUGCCAUACUCUCUCCCCAAUCUUCCAGCAGCUCAGAGGACUGGGGAUUUUAGUUUUCCAGCUCUUCAACCGCUCUUCUGACUUGGACAUAGGAUCUCACUGGAACUCUUAGGCUUCCUAGUCUGGAAAUACUUUUUUGGGUCUGUCUUCUCACAACUGGAUGGCCUGUUUCGUGGACUUACUACAGGAUUAGAAACAAGACCAGAAGAGGAGGUUGGGGGCAUGGCACCUGAAAUCUUAGCCUCCAUUCCUUUUUGUGAGAAGGAAAAUGUGUACCUAAUACAGCCUUUUCUGUCUGUCAUAACCCUCACACUCUCAGGUAAGAGACUGAUAGAAACUUCUUAUUGGUGAACUUUUUUUCUUGAGGCAUUUUGCUUACCAAGCACAUAUAAAAUAUUUUCCACCCAGGAAAGCAUCCUCAUUCUUAGCUCAUUUAAGCAGUAGGACUAUAGAAAGCACUAGGCCUCGUACUUAAAUGAGAGGUUGUCCUUCUGGGGAGGCCUGUUGGUGGUUUUGCCGCCACUACUCCAGAUGUGCCUGAAAUGCUUCUCUGGCGGUGGCCCUUGGCCAGCUGACAGCCUAAGAGCUCAGGCUCACUGCUCAUGGCCACCACUCCUCUGGGGUCCACGAUGGUACUGGUACUGUCCGGUUUAUUCACCAGACUUGCCUCCAGACAUCUUCCAGCUGUUUUCAAAACUCCAUGCUUUGCCAUCAAGGAGCAUGUUACAGAGCAUUACCCACAGGCUCUGGACAUGUCACAGAGGACUGCCCCAUGCUGUUGGGUACCGUGGAGCCUUCAGGCAGGCUGCUUCAGAACCAACACUCAGUUGACUACAUCUAUUCUUGGUGGUCAAAAAAAAAGAAAAAAAAAAUUCUCAUAGUGUCGUAGACCUAUCUCAUUCCCAUGAAUGUUCUUCGCUUACUGAGAGAAUGCCUUGGAUUUUUAGACUUUCAGUUGCCUGGUCCUCCAUGGAUGAUACUAUAAAUAGAAGGAAUCUGGGGUUUUUAGUGGCUUUGGGCUAUGUAAACACUGAAGCUUGAACUCUAGCAGUUCACAAGCCUAGAAAUCUUUGAAGAAUGUAAUGCAAGGAGAAGGAAGAAUGUAAAGCUUUUUCUACUGAGGGUAGGAGUCUGUGGUGCAUGGCCAGCCAGUAGGGCCAAUGUGGGCAGUAACAAAUGCUUUGCCCUGUGGAUGAGGCUCUGAAAGGGGCACUUCACCUCCACCAUCCACUCUGAGGGGUGUUGCCAACUAGAGAUUAGCCCAUGGGGCUGGAAGAAAACCCUCUGUGGUGGUGAGUCUCCAGCCUGCUGUGCAUUUGCCAGGAUGCUUGGAUAGUAGGAUAGUGGAUCCCCAGCUGGUUCACAAGCGUAAAUGAGACCUUUGCAUAUAGAAAGAGGGAUGAGGACAGAUUUUUUUCCUACCUUCAAGCCUUUGGGGAGUAUCAGCAUGGAAUGUUAACAAUUACUUGGAAAAUUUUCAGCUCCCUCAUUGAAUUUCCUAUUCUAUCCCUGAGGACUCAGAUGGUCAAGAAGCCGUAGGCACCCACCCCAGAUAUCUCCAGUAGUUACAACCUUGAGUAUAUGGCUCCUUUGCCUUCCCAGAGCCUCCAGGAUGAGAGGUUGGUUGCACUGGUUAAGUUGUGUUAAAUGUAUAACAAGCCAUAUAUUCUUACUGUUUUUUCAUUUCCAAUGUUUCUGCUGUGUGAAUGAAUGAACUGUGCAAAUUAUUUGAAAAUAUUGGAAGGGGGUACUUUUUGAAAACAGUAUUCUUUUUAAGCAAUAAACUAUUUUUACAGCA